GGCAGCAAGGAGGCGGGAGCGCGCCGUGGGUAGAAGUACAGAGCAGAGCCGGCGGCUGGGGGCUUUAGAGGCCAGCCUGUUCCCUGCAAGCAUUCAGCAGGCGGAGCCUCGCUCUUGGAGACCCGGCUUCGUAAAGCUGGCGGCCUCGAGAACCUGCAAAGAGUCAGUUUUUAGUGAAAAAGCAUUGAGACAGGAGCCAGACCCACCUCUUCACUAAUUUGAUAUUGUGCAAGUCAUCUUACCUCUCUGGAUCUCAGUUACCUCAUCUGUAAAAGGGAGAUAGAAAUUCUUUACCUGUUUGAAGGAAGGAGAACCUCUUGCAGGACCAGACAGUGGGCUCUUAUCUAGCACUCGGAAAUGAACUGCCUGAGGAGACACUUGAGCUGACAAAGCAAGAGAUUUUAUUGGAAAGGGAGCCCAAGGGGAGAGCAGUAGGAUGAAGUGGAGGACUAUCCUUCCGCAGUGUUGUUUUUUCUUGGUUACAUGUGCACUUACUGCUCUUGAAGCUGUGCCUAUAGACAUAGACAAGACAAAAGUAAAAGCUGCUCAGCCUGUGGACAGUGCAAAGAUAGAACCACCAGAUACUGGACUUUAUUACGAUGAAUACCUCAAGCAAGUGAUUGAUGUGCUGGAAACAGAUAGUCAUUUCAGAGAAAAGCUCCAGAAAGCAGACAUAGAGGAAAUAAAGAGUGGGAGGCUAAGCAAAGAACUGGAUUUAGUAAGUCACCACGUGAGGACAAAACUUGAUGAACUGAAAAGGCAAGAAGUGGCAAGGUUAAGAAUGCUGAUUAAAGCUAAAUUAGAUUCUUUUCAAGAUACAGGUAUAGACCACCAUGCUCUUCUAAAACAAUUUGAUCAUCUAAACCACCUGAAUCCUAACAAGUUUGAAUCUACAGAUUUAGAUAUGCUAAUCAAAGCGGCUACAAGUGAUCUGGAACACUAUGAUAAGGCUCGACAUGAAGAAUUUAAAAAGUAUGAAAUGAUGAAGGAACAUGAAAGGAGAGAAUAUUUAAAAACACUGAGUGAAGAAAAGAGAAAAGAAGAAGAAUCUAAAUUUGCAGAAAUGAAGAAAAAGCAUGAAAAUCAUCCUAAAGUUAAUCAUCCAGGAAGCAAAGACCAACUUAAAGAAGUGUGGGAAGAGGCUGAUGGAUUGGAUCCUAAUGACUUCGACCCCAAGACAUUUUUCAAAUUACAUGAUGUCAAUAGUGAUGGCUUCCUAGAUGAACAAGAAUUAGAAGCCCUAUUUACUAAAGAGUUGGAGAAAGUAUAUGACCCCAAAAAUGAAGAGGAUGAUAUGGUAGAAAUGGAGGAAGAAAGGCUUAGAAUGAGGGAACAUGUAAUGAAUGAGGUUGAUACUAACAAAGACCGAUUGGUGACGCUAGAGGAAUUUUUAAAAGCUACAGAAAAAAAGGAAUUCUUAGAGCCAGAUAGCUGGGAGACAUUGGACCAGCAACAGUUCUUCACAGAGGAAGAACUGAAGGAAUAUGAAAAUCUUAUCUCCGUACAAGAAAGUAAACUUAAGGAAAAGGCAGAUGAGCUUCAGAAACAAAAAGAAGACCUACAACGUCAGCAUGAACAACUUGAGGCUCAGAAGCUGGAAUACCAUCAGGUUGUACAGCAGAUGGAACAAAAAAAAUUACAACAGAUUUCCCCAUCAGCACCUGGUGGAGAAUCAAAGAUUUAGCCACACAUUUAAAGUUUGAAGUCCACCAGAACUUGGAAGAAAAUUGUUGAAUCAUCAUCUGUGUCAUCUUUUUGCCUCCCUUCCUUCUCCUCUGCUCAAUAAAUAUUUUAAAGCAUAUGUGGAAUAAAGGAAGAUACUUUUUAAA